AUGGCAAUGUUCAAGCAAGCACUUAAGGAUUACUUUGUAUAUGAGGGAAAAGAGCUUAUGUAUUUGAAGAAUGAGCCAAAGAGGAUUAGAGCAAGGUGUGCUGAAGAGGGUUGUCCAUGGCUGGUGUUUUGCUCUCAUAAUAGUCAGAGUCUAAAUUUUCAAAUCAAGACAUUCAUUGGAGAGCAUAACUGUGGUAGGAAUUUGAGCAGCAACAUGGCUGAUAGAGCUUGGGUGACAAGUAAGUUGGUAAAAAGGUUGGUAACUCAACCUCUAAUGACUCCGAAAAAGGCACUAGAGUACAUGAAGCAGGACUAUAAUGUCCAUAUAAACUAUAGGAUGAUAUACAGAGCCUUCAAAGCUGCUAGAGAGCAAGCAAUUGGAAAGGAGCGAGAACAAUAUGGAAAACUACAUGACUACUUAAAUGAAAUUCACAGAAGCAAUCCUGGAUCCACUGGUAUGGUUGAUGUAAUUCCUCAACUGGAGGGUCGUCCACUCUUCAAUAGGUUGUACAUUUCACUGGAUGCUUGCAAGAAAGGCUUCAAGGUGCGCUGUCGUCCCCUGAUCGGAUUGGAUGGAUGCUUCUUAAAAGGGUACUUUGGUGGUCAUCUGUUGUCAGCUGUAGGGCAGGAUGCCAAUAAUAGUUUCUUUGUUAUAGCAUUUGCUGUAGUUGAAGCUGAGAACACUGAUUCCUAG